AUGGAUUUUAUGAAACCAGAGACGGUGCUUGAUUUGAGUAACAUCCGUCAAGCAUUGGUCAGAAUGGAAGAUACCAUUGUCUUUGAUUUAAUUGAACGUUCCCAAUUUUGGAGUUCUCCAUCUGUUUAUGAAAAAAACAAGUACCAAAUUCCUAACUUUGAUGGGACCUUCUUAGAAUGGGCAUUAUUACAAAUGGAAGUUGCUCAUUCGCAAAUCAGAAGAUAUGAAGCACCAGAUGAAACACCUUUUUUCCCAAAUGAAUUGAAAACACCAAUUUUACCUCCAAUUAAUUAUCCCCAGAUAUUGGCCAAAUAUUCAGAUGAAAUCAAUGUUAACUCUGAUAUAAUGAAGUUCUAUGUGGAAGAAAUUGUACCUCAAGUAAGUUGUAAAGAAGGUGAUCAAAAAGAAAACUUGGGGUCAGCGUCUACAUGCGAUAUUGAAUGUUUACAAGCUAUUUCCAGACGUAUUCAUUUUGGUAAGUUUGUAGCAGAGGCCAAAUACCAAAGUGAUAAACCAUUGUACAUUAAAUUAAUUUUAGAUAAGGAUGUCAAAGGAAUUGAAAACUCAAUUACCAAUAGUGCUGUUGAAGCUAAGAUUUUGGAAAGAUUGGUUGUAAAAGCAAAAGGAUACGGUGUUGAUCCUUCACUAAAGUUUGGUCAGAAUGUUCAAAGUAAAGUGAAACCAGAAAUAAUUGCCAAAUUAUAUAAAGAUUGGAUUAUUCCAUUAACCAAAAAGGUUGAAAUUGACUAUUUAUUAAGAAGAUUAGAGGAUGAGGAUCCUGAGUUAGUGGAAAAAUAUAGAGCCUAG